UUAAUUGAUUGCUCUGAUAAUGAGUCCUGAACAUACUUCAUCUUUGGGAUCUCUUAUCUCUGCACUUAGGAUUUCUCUCUCCAAAGGAAGGAAUAGUUCAUACCUCUGCAAUUAAAUUUUUUUUUAAAAUUUAAAUUUCUGAUUCAAUUUCAUGUUUUCAGUCUUUGGAUCAUCUCACCACUUCUUGUUUCAGGUUUAUAUUAUAUUCUUUUCUAAGGGCAUAUGCUGAAAAUGAUGCAGUAAACACAUGUGCUUAGUUCUAGUAAAUUAAUGUUAUAUUUACUCAGGAUGAUGGCUAAUGCCUUGUUAAGGGUUAAGACAGCUCAUUAGAAUCUAUUUUUUAAAUAAUAUAUAUUGUAGUACACAUAGAUUUGACCUCCUUUUUUCUCUUUAAUCUGGAAAUCUUUUAAAUAUAGUUUUCUUUACCUCUCUAUUUUCCAACUAAAGUCUCAAUCAAAGUUUUCUUUCUUUCUUAAGUCAGUGAAUUUAAGUUGGGUGUUUUCAGAAAGCAAUUGUCACUUCUACCAAUAUGCUUUCAAGAGAGUCUGAGUUUGGUUUUAAAGAGAUUUAAUGCAAGCCUCCAGUUUAACUUGGAGGACUGAGUCACCCUUGUAAUGACAUGUUUCUCUGAACCACCACAGGGCAUCCUUUGCCACUCAAUCUCUGCCUGGCAUCAGGUGACUAAAGAGCCAGCAGGAGAACAAAAGAAAGGUCUUCCACAGUACAUUAAUGCAGAAGAUAAGAUUUUAUCUUAUGAAAGUAUUAUCUGAUGGACAAUUAAGGCUUUGUGUUGUUCAACCAAUACAUCUCACAUCAUGGCUGCUCAUAUUCUUCAUUCUGAAGUCUAUCUCCUCUCUAAAACCUGCCCGGCUUCCAAUUUAUCAAAGGAAACCUUUUAUAGCUGCUUGGAAUGCCCCAACGGAUCAGUGUUUGAUAAAAUACAAUAUAGGAUUAAAUUUGAAAAUGUUUCAGGUUAUUGGAAGCCCACUGGCCAAGGCCAGGGGGCAAAAUAUCACUAUAUUUUAUGUCAACAGAUUGGGAUACUAUCCAUGGUAUACAUCACAGGGGGUUCCCAUUAAUGGGGGUCUCCCCCAGAACAUAAGUUUGCAAGUGCAUCUAGAAAAAGCUGACCAAGAUAUUAAUUAUUACAUCCCUGCUGAAGAUUUCAAUGGACUGGCUGUUAUAGACUGGGAAUACUGGCGACCUCAGUGGGCCCGUAACUGGAACACAAAAGAUGUCUACAGACAGAAGUCAAGAAAGCUGAUUUCUGACAUGCAAGAGAAUGUAUCAGCUACUGAUAUUGAAUAUUUAGCCAAAGCAACCUUUGAAGAAAGUGCAAAAGCUUUCAUGAAGGAAACCAUCGAAUUGGGAAUUAAGAGUAGACCAAAGGGCCUCUGGGGUUAUUAUUUAUAUCCUGAUUGCCACAAUUAUAAUGUUUAUGCCCCAAAUUAUACUGGGUCAUGCCCAGAAGAGGAAGUUUUGAGAAACAAUGAGCUCUCUUGGCUCUGGAAUAGUAGUGCUGCUUUAUAUCCUUCUAUUGGUGUCAGAAAAUCUCUUGAAGACAAUGAAAACAUUUUGCGCUUCUCGCGAUUUCGAGUGCAUGAAUCCCUGAGGAUCUCCACCAUGACAUCCCAUGAUUAUGCUCUGCCUAUAUUUGUCUACACAAGGCUAGGCUACAGAAAUGAGCCCUUAUUUUUUCUUUCUAAGCAAGAUCUAAUCAGUACUAUUGGAGAAAGUGCUGCCUUGGGAGCUGCAGGCAUUGUUAUCUGGGGAGACAUGAAUUUAACUUCAUCUGAGGGCAACUGUACAAAGGUGAAGCAGUAUGUGAGUUCUGACUUAGGACACUACAUAGUCAAUGUGACCAGAGCGGCUGAGGUGUGCAGCAUUCACCUGUGCAGGAGUAAUGGGAGAUGCAUAAGGAAGGUAUGGAAAGCUCCUGAUUACCUGCACUUGAACCCUGCAAGUUACCACAUAGAGGCCUCCAAGGAUGGAGAAUUUAUUGUGAAAGGAAAAGCAUCUGAUAUGGACCUGGAAGCGUUGGAGGAGAGUUUUUCCUGUCACUGUUAUCAGGGAUACGAAGGAGCCGACUGUAGAGGAACAAAGACGGCUGACAGCUGCUCUGGGGUUUUCUCUUUUUCUAGCUCACUAAUAACACUAUGCCUGCUGGUUUUAGCAGGUUAUCAGAGUAUCCGGUCAUGACAUAAUUGAAUUUAAAUGGAACUGUGUGCCCUGUAGAGUAGUCACUUAAAGAAAAGAUGAAACUUAGGACCUUUUUUUUUUCUCUUAUGAAAUACAUUGAAAAGGUAGCAUAAGCAGACAUUAUGUAUGUCACUUAACAUAAACAAGAGCAUAUUGCUUUAUUUGGCCCUGAUUUGGCUAAGAAACCAGAUCCAGGAAUAAAAUCAGUGCAGUCCUCUUCCUUACUGGAAUGUUUAAGUUGUGUUCAAACUAGACCUGUAUAUUUUAGUCUUUAUAUGAACAUAUGUGUAUGUACAUCUACAUAUUAAAUUAUUGAUUUCAAAGCC